AUGCGCGGACGUCGCUUUGAAGAUGACCGCAGAGCGUCUACCAAGAAAUCUUCUGUUCAGCCAAAGCAGAAACGAAUCGCUUCGUUGCAACAGAUGGCUUUGACCAACAAUCCACGUCCUUCCGUCGCCUUGGAUGCCCCUUGCAUACACAACUUGAAUUCUUCGUCCAGAUUCUAUCUUGACUACUUCAAUGUCCGUAUCUGCAAACUAUUCAUCCUCUGCGACAGCGACAAUAAUCCGUUUCGGCAUUUACUUACUUACGCCAUGGAUGAUGUCCCCUUACAAAAAUGUAUAAUUGCCGUUUCCGCACGGCACUUCACCAAUACAGGACAGUCGUUUGACCAGACUCAUAUUGAUAUGGCCCCUCGAUUCGUUGUUGCUAAUUUAGAUGCCCUCCAUUUCAAACGGCAAACCAUUCAAGCAGUGACACGGGCCUUGAAUGGCCAUGAGAUAUCCCGAAAGGACACUUUGCUGGCAUCAAUAUUCCUACUUAUCUUCCUCGAUCUUCUGGAGUCCGGCAUAGACGGCUGGAAUCAUCAUAUUUGUGGUGCAAGGGGCCUCGUCAACCUUGGCAGCUCACUACUAGAUUCCAGUCACGACCAAGCGACAAAAGGCGAUAUGAAGCAUCAACCUGGAGAUAUGGUGACCGAGACAAGAGUAUUCAUUUCUCGGCAGUUGAACCUGAUCUCAACACUCGGAGAAGCAUUGUCGGGCUCGCAGUCAAGGUCAGAAGAAUUUCCAAACUUCGAUGGAGAAAUAAAACACGAGUCAAUCGUUCGGAGCUUCCUCGGCUGUCCGGAGCUUUUGUUGAGAGCUAUUCGAUAUUUCUCUAGCCAGAGAGAUUUUCUCGGCGAUUUAAACAGUCAAACGAAUGACUCUAUUAACGACCAUAUACGGGACACAAUGCUCAUGCUUGACAUGACCAGAAAUUUUGAUUGUCAGCAGUGGGCAUCAAGAGUCAUUGCCUUAACUGCCUCCGAGAUCGAGAUCCAGAACUUUUUCCUACUGGCCAACGCAUAUAAAAGCGCUGCAUUAAUUUAUGGGACCAGAAUAUUCCGGGCUUUCGCGUCGCCGGUAAACACGCCUAUUAGCAUACAAGGAACAGAAAAUGAAACCCUGGUUUCAGAAUUGAUCCUGAAAAUUCAACUUCUUGCCCCGGACGAGAUUUUUUUCAAAUGCCUCAUUUGGCCCACAUUCAUCGCAGGGCUGGAAUGCCAAACGGAAAACACCAGAGAGUCCAUAACUGCGCUUUUACGGGGCCUUUGGAAUUUUACCUCUUGUUUGAAUGUCAUCAAUGCCUCCAGAAUUUUGCAGGAAUACUGGCAAAAACAGGAUUCGAGUGAUGACUUGGAAAAGGCACAUCAAGAAAUCGAAGUCAUGGGCCAGGGAUGGCUAUUGAUCUGA